CCCUCCCCCACUCUAUAAUUCUUUCUCUCUAUCAUACCACUCACUGAACCUUCAAACAGGACUAUAUUCGGUAACAGCAACUUGAAGGAGCAGGAAAAUACCAUCAUCAUCAGUCUCGCCCUAUUAUUGGCCAAUCUUUGAUACUGUCCCUCCCCUUGUGACAUACCCAGCAAGCUUAUAAGAUGCCUCAAGCGGUCUCUUUGCCCACCUGGGCCUCUUUGGAAGACCAUUACAAGGCUGUCGGGAAGACUUUUGUCUUGAAGGAAGCCUUUGCCUCGGACCCAGCCCGUUUCAGCAAGUUCAGCAAGACUUUCCAGAAUGGCGCCUCUGGUACCGACAUAUUAUUCGAUUUCAGCAAAAAUCUCAUCACCCAGGAGACCAUCGACCUUCUGGUUAAGCUUGCAGAAGAAGCUGGCCUUGAAAAGAAGCGUGAUGCCAUGUUUGCUGGCGAGAAGAUCAACUUCACUGAGCACCGAGCUGUUUACCACACUGCGCUGCGUAACGUAGGGGGCUGGGAAAUGAAGGUGGAUGGACAAGAUGUGAUGAAGACCAAGGGCGGCGUCAACUCUGUCCUACAACACAUGAAAGAGUUCUCCGAGCAGGUUAGAAGUGGUGAAUGGAAGGGUUACUCGGGAAAGAAACUGACUACCAUCAUCAACAUUGGCAUUGGUGGAUCCGAUCUGGGUCCUGUCAUGGUCACCGAAUCCCUGAAGCACUAUGGUGCCAAAGAUAUGACGCUCCACUUUGUCUCCAAUAUCGACGGCACCCAUAUGGCAGAGGCCCUUGCGAACUCCGAUCCCGAGACCACCCUCUUCCUUGUCGCUUCCAAGACCUUCACCACUGCUGAGACUACUACGAAUGCAAACACCGCAAAGUCGUGGUUCCUCGAGAAGACCGGAGGUAAGGGCGAGAUUGCCAAGCACUUUGUGGCACUUUCUACCAACGAAGAGGAGGUCACCAAGUUUGGUAUCGACAGCAAGAACAUGUUCGGCUUCGAGAGCUGGGUCGGCGGCCGAUACUCAGUCUGGAGCGCCAUUGGUCUUAGCGUUGCGCUGUACAUCGGCUACGAGAACUUCCACAAAUUCUUGUCUGGUGCCCAUGCAAUGGACAAGCACUUCCGCGAGACUCCUCUAAAGGACAAUAUUCCCGUCCUAGGGGGUCUAUUGAGCGUUUGGUAUAGCAACUUCUUCGCGGCCCAGACUCACCUAGUAGCUCCCUUCGACCAAUAUUUACAUCGCUUCCCGGCCUAUCUCCAACAACUGUCAAUGGAAUCUAAUGGCAAGACUAUCACAUCGGACGGUUCGGCCGCCAAGUACACAACCGGCCCCAUUUUGUUUGGCGAGCCUUGCACCAACGCCCAGCACUCAUUUUUCCAGCUCGUCCAUCAAGGCACCAAGCUGAUACCGACCGAUUUCAUUAUUGCCGCCAAGUCCCAUAACCCCAUCUCCAACAACCUACACCAGAAGAUGCUGGCAUCCAACUACUUUGCGCAAGCCGAAGCCCUUAUGAUUGGCAAAACAGCCGACGAGGUCAAGAGUGAAGGAACCCCUGAAGAGCUUGUACCCCACAAAGUCUUCCUAGGGAAUCGACCGACUACUAGCAUCCUAGUUGGCGGUGUGAUUGGGCCUGCUGAGCUAGGCGCUCUGAUUGUCUACUAUGAGCACCUGACCUUCACAGAGGGAGCCAUCUGGGACAUCAACUCGUUCGACCAAUGGGGUGUUGAACUAGGCAAGGUGCUCGCGAAGAAAAUUCUCAAGGAACUAGAUGAGCCAGGGAACGGUAGUGGCCAUGAUUCUAGCACGGAAAGCCUAAUUGGUGCUUUUAAGAAGUUUGCCGGAAACUGAAGGUCUAAUGCCGUCGGCAACCCUAAAAGGGGUUCGAAGCUCUAAGUUGGCAGCAGGCGGCAUGAUAUAUAAAGUUAUCUCGUUGUUUUCGGUAUGCUCCAUGCUUGCAACUAUAUUAUGUACCUGAGUAGGUAGGUAAUAAGAUUACCUAGGGCAGAUUCAAGCAUCUGCUAGUUGCAGUAACUCAAAACUUCGAAUCCUUAAUGAGAUCGGAUACUACUACCUAUGCAUCAUCCCCCUGGGAUGAUACUCAAAAUGCUGUUGUGGCUUCGUCAUCCGAAGCCUUGUCAAGACCAAGCCGAGCCCAUAAGGGUCUCUCUAUAACGAACUACACAGGUCUGCUCUCUCCAUCGGACAACUCAACUCAAUUCCA